AUGCCGGCAGAGCGCCAUGGCACCUUACUAUCGCAGCGUUGCAGCGUCACAGUCGCAAUCAAUGGUCGUCGAUCUGGGGAACAGAGAGGGAACGAAGGAACGGUGGGGGCUGAUCUUCGUUUACCCGAGGGUGUCGGCGGGCUCUACUGCGGCCCAGCUGCUCGGGAGAUAGUGACGGCGUCCGGGCCUGAUCGCUUCCACAAGACUUCCCUGGGACACAACACCGCAUCCGCAGGACGCUCAACGACAAACUAUAAGUCCCCGCAAUCUUCAAGGCGAAUGUCAAAUCUUGGUAUAACAGGGACCUAUGCACCGGCAGGUAGGGACGGCAUGAAGCGUCACGUAGCCAUUCAGAACCAUCAGGCUGAAGAUAAGCCUUUUCAACCGUUACGCUAA